UUCAAAAACACGUUUUUAAACAAACCAUAUUUACCUUUUUUUUUUUUUAUCAAUGCGCCAGAAAUAUAAUAAUUUCUUGGUACUUUCUUUCCAAUUGUAUUUAAGCUAGUGUCAGUGCUAAACUAUUCGUGUAGGAUUUCAGGGGUAUUUUAUUAAUAUUUUUUAUUAAAAUUUUUUUUAUUCAGUUCCGUAUUUUAGAGUAAGGAAUGUUUGAAGUUUUAAAAAUGAAAUUUGAACUCUUUAGAAAGUUGCAUCUUUUUUAUUUUUAUGUUUCAGUAUCAGUAUAUUUAAUUUAUUUGUAAUAAUCCAGAUGUUCGGGUUACUGUAGAGCCCUAGUUCCCAUAGAAACUGUUUAUUUGGAAGAGUGAAAGAAUGGAAGGUUAACCGAGUUGACUUUUUGAGUCGAAUAAAGAAAGAAUAUACGUAAAUUUGCAACUAUUGCUUCAAUUUCGGAUACUUCAGGACUCAUUUCGCGAAUAGUUUUCUAUUUAUGUGGAUUUUCUGCAAAUAAUAAUCGAACGUGAGGCGAAUACACAGGAAAUUUGUCGAGAAACCUGUCUGAGAUGGACGCCUCAAAUAAUUCUGAGCCAAAAUGCCCAGUUUCUCAACAACCGUUUAUCCAGAAACCCUUGGCUCCAGCAGCAUUUUCAAGACUUCGGAGUUUAAACUGGACAGAUGUUUGAAUGGCACCUGUAUUAUAAAGGAUAAAGCAAAUACUCAUUAUGGAGCAGGCAUGGAGGCUGUAGAUCAGUUAGAGUUUGAGAAUGCUGUAACUUUCUUCACAAAAGCCAUAACACUUCAACCAGAACAGACUCAGCUUUAUGUAGUGAGAGCAGAGGCCUAUCUUCAGCUGUGUGACUUCAAGUCUGCAGCCCUCGACUAUAAGCAUGCCUGCUACCUGGACCCACAGAAAAAGGCUUAUUUUCAUCGCCUUGCCUUUGUUUAUUACCUGCAGGGUCAAUGUUAUUUUGACUUGGAAAUGUUCUUCGAGGCUUUGAAUUAUUUUGCCAAAGCAGUUGAACUGAAGCCUGGCUUUAGACCUUAUCACAUGAGAAGCCUGGCAUGUCUGACUGCGCUAGGUCGUUACUCUGAUGCUAUUCGAAUGGUCACUAACUGGCUCGAUAGUGAGACUCCAUCCACUGACCUCUUCACUCUAAGAGCACGUCUACACCACCAACUCAAUCAGCACAUCCUAUGCUACUAUGACCUGAAGGAAGCUCUGAGGCUUAAUCCGAGCUGUCCGGAGGCACGGGCCUUGCUGGAGAUGAUGGCGCAGGGAGCAGAGUGCUCUCGCCAGCAGGCAGUGACUAGAGCUGUGGAGGGAGAUCUGUUUGAUGCCCUGAGAAGGAUUACCACAGCUCUAGAAAUGAACCCUGAAAAUGCGCAAUAUUACCUUUUUAGAGGGAUACUAUACCGCAGACUGAAAGACUUCAAUGCUGCUAUCGAGGAUCUGACACUUGCUGUGGAGUUCACUGAUGAUGGCCCAAAACUUCCUGAGGGAGAAAAGCCUGAGGAGUCUAAGGAUCUGGAACGAGAUGCUCACAUCCAGCUAGUGCUCACUUACAAUGAUUUUGCGGUACACUGUUUUACCCAAGGCUUUUACAGCGAGGCCAUCAUGCUUCUUAACAAGGCUAUUCAUGAGCAGAGAGAUGAGAGCAGACUCUUUAUUAAUCGAGGAGACUGUUUCUUUAGGCAGAAGCAGUGGCAUUUUGCCCUGGCUGACUACCAGCAGGCUGAGGAGUUGGACCCCCAAAAUACAACCGUUUGGCUUCGUCUGGCUCUUAUUCACAACACACUCGGUCUUCACAGUUUUGAAAACCUGAAUUUUCAGAAGGCAGCAGACCAGUUUUCUGUGGCCAUUAAGUACAACCGAGAAGCUCGGUAUUAUGGGAAUCGUGCUAAGGCUCUCAGCAAGAUGCAACGUAUGGAGGAAGCCAAGCAGGAUGCUGUCUGUGCUCACAUCUUAGAUCCUGCUAAUGAUGAGCUCGUCCCUCUGCUGCUCAGACUGUUCCCUGGCUGCUCUCUAUCAGAUGUCAUAUCCAGUGGCAUUGCUCAAACAGUCAAAACUCAGCUGAUGGAGCGGAUCCAGACCUGGAAACUAGAAGGCUUGUCUGUGUCAAGGCUCUUCAGUAAGCUUGAGAGUAUAGUCCUUAGACAUGACAUGGACAGCCAGUCAAAAACAGAUUCUGAAAGCAGGGAGGAUGUGGAAGUGAGAUUUAAACCUGGUGAAUACACUCAGGAUCCGAUCAGGAGCAAAGAACAGGUGAGUGAAGCUGUGAAGAAGCUCCUGUAUCAGAGACAGUCUUUAACUUUCACUGGACCUCGUAUUGCCCAGCUUUCCAAUGCAAACAAUUUAGAGGAGACUGCUUGCACUUCUAAGCGGCCAUACACUUGGAGGAACUUUGGAGGCAUGGGCCUUAACUGCUAAGGGCAUGAAUGAAAAGAAUAAGUAAAAUUACCCUGAAAUAUCUUAUGAGUUUAACCUGAAAUAAAGAUAUCAUUAUGGUU